GCUCUACACCGCUCCCUCUCUCGCUCGCCAUUCUUCUUCUUCAAGCGUGCCCGUUCACAGUGCAUUUGAUUUCUUCUUUGUACUUGUUUUACCGCAACUCCUUAACUGUGCAACAGCAUGUUCCGCUUCACCUGCCCCGCCCUGAAGAAGCUGCAGCCGCUGGGCCAGCGUGUGCUGGUGAAGCGCACCCAGGCUGCAAAGCAGACGAAGGCCGGCAUUCUCAUCCCGGAGCAGGUGGCCGGCAAGGUGAACGAGGGCACCGUGAUUGCUGUGGCCGCGGGGUCGAAGGACUGGACGCCGACGGUGAAGGUGAACGACACGGUGCUGCUGCCGGAGUACGGCGGCUCCGCGGUGAAGGUGGAGGGCGAGGAGUUCUUCCUGUACGACGAGAGCAUGCUGCUCGGCGUGCUGACCGCGUAA